CAGAGCUCGUCUCCCGAGCGGCCGCGUCCUUCUACCGAUAUUAAUUUUCUGAUUGGUUUAUUCAUUACGUCUUUAUAUUCCUAUUACUAAUUACUUUUUAAUUAUUAUAAUAUUUUAACUAUAAGUGCAGUGAGGCGACUGUGUGCAUAGUUUUUAGGUAACUUUUAUAUUGUAUCAACAUGAGUAUGAGUUACGGUGACAGCUCCGCGUGCUUGAGCGCCAUCGGGUCCGGGCACGCGCUGCUGGAGCCCGUGUGCCCCGGCUACUCCACCAGGACCAUGCGCCGCGCCUUCAUCGUGUGGCUGCACACUGGCCAGCAGAACGACUUCCAACAAGUCUGCAACUACUACCACCGGCUUGAACUUCUUGAGAGUAAGAUGCCAGAGGAGCAGCGUUCGAUAAGCAGGCUACACGAGUACACCCUGGUGGUGGACACUCCACCGUCCACAAUGUUCGUGAACAAGAACUUCCCGCAGCUGUACGCGCCGGGCAACGACGCCGAGCCGGACAAUCUAAAGAGGCUACUGCAGAUGAGAGCAGACGACUGUGUCUUUAACUACGACGGCUUCAACGCCAUGAGGAUAGAAGGAAACACUACAGGGUAUGACAUCUUCAAAGCCAGCAGCCUCGUCAGAAAGUACUGCAAAGAUUACUCCAAACACCUUACAGCAGUGUAUCCAGAAUUCCAAGACUUCGUUAGAAAAACUGGAAUGAUAAACUCUGUCUGCAACCUCGUCAUGUACAUCAGGAACAAAUAUCUUAAAGAUGAAAUGGUUCUUGCUCGGGCGAUGCCGAAGGAUUAUUCUUACUUGAAUAUUAAGGCUGGUCAGAUGCCCAUUGAGAAAAUGAGUUUCAGAAGGUUGAUCAGGGAGUGUAGGAAGCAGGAAAUGUUACUCUUCAGCUCUGAAUUCAACUCGCCGAAGAAGUCUGCCGUCAACCCGCAGGAUCUCCCCACGAGCGUGCGCUCCUUCAUUUACGGCAUAUAACAUGGAGUUUGGUAAUCUCAUUGUUCAUGCAAUUCUUUAGUUAUAAGUUUGUAAAGUCCUACUUCGUUAGGCGAGGGUAAUGGGAUAUUUUUAUUUUCUAACACAAUUUUAUAUCACUGCAGUACCUGAUUGAUUACUACUACCUACUUGUUGUACUUAUAAAAGCUAAUUAUGAAUAUCUAAUCAGGCACUAAAGUGGAAUUAAAUUGUUAAGCCAUUUUGUUUGGGAUAAUCAUUAGUUGUAAGAAAAGCAUUCACAUUUUUAUGGCCUAUGUCAUCAAAGUAGUACUUGUACACUAUUAUAUAGUUCCCCUAAUAUAUCUAAAUUAUUUAUUUUCUAGUAAACAAUAAUGUCUAUUACAUAAUAUACGAGUUCAUUAAGUAUGUAAUGUAUGUAUGUGCCUGUCAUGUGGCACUUCUUAUAAUAAAUCACAGAUGGCGCUGUUCAGUAAAUUAUACUGGGUACUAUUUUGAUUAUAAUAUUUUUAAGUUUAUAAAAGUUAUUAUAAAAGUUUAUUU